AUGUCUGCAUCGCACAUCUCCCCUCUCGCUCAGCCCAUCACGCUGAAACUCUCUGGAAAGGUCAUUCGUAAUCGCUUAUAUCGCACUCCUCUCAGCGAAUAUGCUUCCACAUAUGACGAAAACAAUGUAGAGAAUUGCGGCAAGCCCAUGGAUCGAUAUGCAGAGCUAUAUCAAGAGCUAGCAGAAGGAGGUGCAGGACUUAUCUGCACCGGAAACAUCCCUAUCCAUCGCGACAAUCUUGAAAAUUACAACAACGCGGUGUUAGAUCCCAACAAUCCCUGGGAUCCAGUCGCAGCCUUCACCCCCGCGGUCAAAGCAGCCAAGUCUCGUGGCGCAAUUUUUCUCCCCCAGCUACAAUUCCCAGGACGUCAGGUUCCGGAAUUCCUGAACAAGAAUCCCAAGUCCUCCUCGGAUCAGCAUCUCGAGCCUUGUCUCAACAAAACGUAUGGCAAGCCAUCGCCGUUGACAAAGGCUGAGAUCAAGGAUCUUGUCUCCCGAUAUGUGUGGGCUUCCGAAGUCCUCGCAAAGGCUGGUGCGGAUGGUAUUAUUCUGCAUGCCAGUCACGGAUAUAUCAUGAAUCAAUUCCUGUCGCCCAAAAUCAACAAGCGAACGGACGAGUAUGGCGGAAGCCUGGAAAAUCGGGCUCGGUUCAUUUUGGAGAUCGUCAAUGCGAUCAAGGCGAAACUUCCAUCGAACAAGUUUGUGAUAGCAGCCAAGUUGAACUGCCAAGAUUUCAUCGAGGGAGGCCAAAGCUUUGCUGAACAAUGUGUUGUGAUAAAAUGGUUAGAAGAUGCCGGUGUGGAUUUCUUCGACAUCUCGGGAGGAACUUACGCCUCUCCUGCAUGGCGCGGAAACAUCAUGACUGAGCUCGCAGAGCGGCCAUCCCAGAAAGAGCGUGGAAGUUACUUCAUCGAGUGGGCGCAGGAGCUGAAAAAGGUUCUGUCUCGGGCUGUGAUUGGAACUACUGGUGGUUGGCGGGAUAGCCAUCGCAUGGCGGAGGCUGUGGAGCGUGGAGAUAUCGACAUGUGUGGUCUGGGCCGACCUCUCCGAGAGGAUCCUGACUUUGUGAAUAAAGUGCUCCGUGGGGAGGCUCGCAGAAGUAACUUGUAG